GUACGUGUUUUUCAUUCUUGUAUUUUUGACAUGACAAAUGUAAGGAGAUUGCAACUGAAAUAUACAUCUAACAAUUUAGUGAUGAUAGUUAAAAAUGAAAUUGAAAUACAGGGUGGUCCUUAAAAAACAACAUUAUAUUUCCACCUCAAUUUAAAUAAAGCCGUUUUUAUGGACCACCCUGUACUUCAUUAUUUUGUUUUAAAAGCUUUAAAAACAAAUGCAAUAAUAUGGUUGGGAAUAGUGUUAAAUAGUUGGAUGCAUUGUCACGUAUUUAAGGAUCAUUUCCAGCUGCUCUAUCUCCACUGAGGACCAGUGACCAUGUGGUGGAUAGAACCAAGCCUCUGCCCACAUCCUUACAGAGUGACUUUGUCCCAGAGGAUCUGUUGUUUGCAUUGACACAGCCCCCAGUGCCACAGGAACAGCUUGGACCACCUCCAAGAUUCAGGAAUCUAGAUGUUUCAAAUAAUAAAACAAGAAGGAAGCCAGCCAAUGUAUGGAAUUUUUCCAAAAGAAGAGAUAAAUUUAAGCAUUUGACAGAACAAACACUCUGUUCUUGUGGUGCUGGAAAGGAUAUAUCUUUCCUUUAUGAUGUACCAGAGCCAGAGAAAAAUCCAGAAGAAGGUAAACCAGACCUCUAUGAUGUCAGUGUUGUUAGGAAAGAUGAACUACCAAAGAAAAGCCUUCAGCUUCCUGAUACACUAAUUCCUGAGGAGUAUCAUGUUGUGAAAAACAAGGGAGUUAUGGGACUAGAGUACCACGAUGAUAAAUAUACAACAAAACCAGAAGACCAUGUUCAGCAUCUAGUGAUGUUCCCAUCAAUGAAACCUAGCAGUAGAUAUGAAGUGAUACAACUGAAGAAAACAAUGGAGCAGAUGCUAGACAGGCUGGGCAUUGAUGAUGAUGACAUUGAAGUCAAGGGACCAACACAGAUGCACAAUCUUCUUGAACUUAUUAAAAAGGAGCAAAACAUCUUCAAUAUUGUGUUCCAUGAGUUGAUAAGACAGACCAGUGUAGAGUGUGUUGAGAGGGGAGAACUAUUGUCAGAUCUGAGGAAUAAAUACAGUGGAUUGCUCAAUAAAGUGCCAAGGCAAAUAAAAAGUCUACAUGAAGAGGUGUUAGCUCAGAGAGCACUAGAUAGAAGAUUAACAGAGGAGCUCAUGAGAUUUAAAAACACGAUAGGAGUACUUACUGAUGAACUGUCCCAGGUAAAGGAACACGAUAAAAAAGUAACACAGCAGGCACACCAAGCCCAAGAAGAACUAAAGAAUGCCCUGGUAGACUCAGAGAAAAGUGCCAGUCUUCUAGCAGAGUACCAUGACCUGUAUGAGCUCCAGAGAAUUAGACUGGAGAAACUGGUUACCAUGCUCUCAGAGGAGAAAGAAUUGUGGAGCACUGCAGCAUACAGCUUGGCACUCAAGGUAUUAGGAUAG